AUGGACAACUUGCUGACUGAUGUCGCGGACGUCGCCGUCAGCGUCAACCUGUUCAUUUUCAACAUGUGCACGGGCAACUACCUCGUGUAUGCCAACCAUGCGAACCUCGCGCUGGGCGUCUUGAGCAUCUCCGUCUGGAGGUCCAUGAUCUGCGCCCUGCAUUGGAUGAUCAUCCCAAAAGAUCCCACCGACGAGCUCUAUGUGCCGCUGAUGCUGCCCAUAGAGGCCAUGCCUCUCUUCCGGAUCCUGUUCAUUCACAAGUACCCGGUGUUGACAACCAGCGUGAGCAUCGAUCUUAUACCCCUGUUAGCCCUCAUGAGCCUGGAGUUCGUCUCCACUUACCUGACGACCAACGGUAUCUGCCAGUGCCAUUGGGGAAAACUGAAUCUAAGCAUGGUAGUGGCGCCUACAUUCUUCACGAGAUCCUUCAACGUGAUGUACUACCUGAACAUCAUCGGCAUUUUCCAUGUGAUGUACGCGCUUCUAUCGUUCAUGAGCACCAUGUAUUUACUUAUGGAGGCUGACACGUUGAACCUAUACAAACACACGGCCAAACUGGCCCGAUUGCAAAGAGAAAUAGUACCGUACGUCAAGACCGACCGUGACAUGGCGAGGAAGAUACUGGACGAAAUAGACUCUGUGUCUAUGUCCAUCUCAAAGAGUGAUACCACCAUACACGUGUUCAUGGUCUUGUACACCCUAUCGAGUUUAUUUUCGGUGCUGCCGAAAUUCCACUUUUCGUACUCCGACGGCGAAAGUUCAACCUGCAUGCCGAUAUACGUAAAAGACAACAGAGUGAAUACAAAGACUUUCCACAAGAGGCUGCGCGAUGGCUUCAGACCCCUCUUCAAGCUUGCCGUCGUAUGCAAUACGGCCGGAUACGUCACUUGUGGCGUCAUCAUCGCGGCCUUCUAUGUGGUCACUCGCAACUCUGUUAUCGCACUCUCAUCUAUCUACGUACUAUGGAUGCUCUCUACGCUGCAAACAAUGCAUAUCGGUGACUUCUUCACCUAUAUCGACCAGCUGUACACGAAGCACCCUGACAAGAAUAGCAUGACUGCGGUGCAUGCGACGAUGCCGUCGGACAACAUCUUCUCGGGCAUCAAGCCGGACGACCGGGUGGUGAUCGAGAACGUGAUCGCCGUGAUGAAGUCACUCAACCGCGACCUCUCCUUCUCUGACUUUGAGGUCCGCAGCACCCAGAAUGGCUUCGUGCUGAUCGCCAAGACAUCCUCCCAUGUCAUGGUGGGGAUCGACGAUCUUCACACCGCCCUUGCACGUCGGGGGAUACCGCUUCGCGAAGUUCUUCACCCUCUCGACGUGGCAUGA